CGCGCCUUUCCUCUUCCGGCGGGGCCUUUGCGCAAAUCUUCAAAAUGGCUCCCCGCUGCCGGAAAAGGGGGUUGGAGAGAGUGGUCUUCGUGUUGAGGCGGCACUGGAACGCCUUGGGGCUUUGAAACAAUUUUGAAACACACUUCCCAGACUUUCUUUUGCUUUCCGCCAUGAACAGGGUCCAGCUGAAGCGCUCCGCCAUCCUGAAGAUGGCCCUGGGUGGCGGCGGCUCGUCGGAGGCCUUGCUCCCGCCGGCGGAGCCCGCUGGCAUGGAGGGAGAGGGCGAGGGCGGGCAAGAGCCUCCCUUCCUCCUGCGGGCGCUGCGGAUCGCCACGGUGGUGUCUCUAUACUGGUUCACCUCCAUCACGAUGGUCUUCCUGAACAAGUACCUGCUGGGCAGCCCCUCGCUGGGCCUGGACGCGCCGCUCUUCGUCACCUUCUUCCAGUGCCUGGUGACGGUGCUGCUGUGCAAGGCGAUGGGCCUGCUGGCCGGCCUCUGCCCGCGCGGCUGCCUCGACUUCCCCUCCAUCCGCCUGGACCUCAAGGUCUCCCGCAGCGUCCUGCCCCUCUCCGUGGUCUUCAUCGGCAUGAUCACCUUCAACAACCUCUGCCUCAAGCACGUCGGCGUGGCCUUCUACAACGUGGGCCGCUCCCUCACCACCGUCUUCAACGUCAUGCUCUCCUACCUGCUCCUCAAGCAGACCACCUCCCUCCCGGCCCUCCUGGCCUGCGGGGCCAUCAUCGGUGGCUUCUGGCUUGGUAUAGAUCAGGAAGGAGCAGAAGGGACUCUGUCCUGGUCUGGCAUAAUUUUUGGAAUCCUAGCCAGUCUCUGCGUCUCACUCAAUGCUAUCUACACUAAAAAGGUCCUACCUGCUGUGGAUGGCAGCAUCUGGCGCCUGACGUUCUACAACAACCUCAACGCCUGUGUCUUGUUCUUGCCGCUCAUAUUGCUCUCUAACGACUAUUAUACCAUCUACUACUUUGAUAAACUGGGGAGCUCCACCUUUUGGGGCAUGAUGACCCUUAGUGGGGUGUUUGGUUUUGCCAUUGGCUAUGUGACAGGACUCCAAAUCAAAUUUACUAGCCCUCUCACGCACAACGUAUCUGGGACAGCUAAAGCAUGUGCCCAGACAGUGCUAGCCGUCUGCUAUUAUGAAGAAACAAAGAGCUUCUUGUGGUGGACUAGUAAUAUGAUGGUUCUAGGUGGCUCCUUUGCAUAUACGUGGGUGAAAGGGGUGGAGAUGAAGAAGGUGCAGGCAGAACCUCCUCCCAAAGCAAAUGAAAAAAAUGAUGCUGGCGUCUAAAUGUGGUCAUCAGCACAACCAUAGCCCACUGUAUGUAUAUACUUCCAUGCAUCCUGUAGCAUGGGAGAUAGCUAGAAAGCAAGCCAGGGCCUCAAGUUUUCAAGACAGGGAAAUCCUGUGAUGACAAAUUUAUUGGAAGAGACAAAAGUUGGAAAAAAAGGCAAAGUUCCAUGAGUAUUCAUUGUAUGGCAAAUGUUGAAUGCUCAUAAGCCAUUUCCUAUGUAGAAGUACAUGGUGGUGGUGGGGGUGGGGGUAGGUGAGUUCAUAGAUAGGACCCUAUUUAUUAAUCAAGGUUCACCUAAAAAUGGCUGCUUCUUGGGUGUAUUUGUCCCCCUUUGAUAAAGGAUGGUGCUCAAAAAGAGCAACAAUGAAUAGGAUUUAAACUCGACAAAAUCGGUGGAUCUUGGUUCUGUUUUGCCCAGUGGAGAAUGCUGUCUCAUAUAUACCCUGAUCAUCGUAUUCUUUCUUUCAAAACACUUAGCAGUCCACUGUUCUUUACUGAAAGAUAAUCUUUAUAUCUAUAUUUAUUUAUUAUGGUUGAUGACCAGGAUAAUCUUUUGUCUCACUGGAGAUAUCUAAACUUGGUGGUUAUCUCUCUCCUGCCCCCAUGGGGCAAACUUGCACUGGGUUGCCAGUGGGUGCACUGCCAUGUGUGUGGCAGGUGUAUGCUACAUUUUAUUGUUGCUUCUUCUUGAUAUGUUUUGAAUUGAAUGGAAGUUCUGCUGGUACGAAACUAGAGUCCAAGCCCAUCUGAGCUCUCGUUUAGUUCUGAGCAGCUGCAGCAGAAUCAGCAGAGUUGAAAAGGUAGAGUUGAUUUAAUGUCCUGACUAGCAGUUAUGGGUUGAAAUAACCUAAUGACGCUGAAGUGCAUGUAUUUGCUUUAGAGAAGGUUAUGGGGCAUUUUUAACAAUGCCAUUUGUGGAACAAGUUCAAAGGGCAUACAAUCCCUAUGGGCUGCCUCAUUACACAGGGAGUCCAUUGAAAACAGUGCAGAUACACUAUUUAAAAUUUACUGGGAUAAGUCCACACUUUAAUACAAUCUGUAGUCCUUUCUGUCAUGGACUCUAAAAAAAACUAAAAUGAUAGGAUGUCCCUGCUCUUUGGAGCAGUAGAAAUUCAUUUAUACACACACUCUCUUACUUAUUGAGUGAGACCCCAUGGGCUCCAGGAGCCCAAAUUUACUGGAAUGUUUAUCUCCAUUUGCCUUGUUGCCUUUUGAUUAUAGCCCCAUCAUGGUCUCAUAUCUCUGAUUUUGUACUGAAAAAUUAACUUUUCACAGUUGAUUUGUGAUUGUUAAUAAAAGUUUGCUUAAGUA